UUUUUUUGCUAUGCCCUUGUCGUGUUUAUAUUCUUACGAGUUCGCUUUCGCAUAACUUAAUAUCAAUUUCAAAGAGAAUUAAAAAAAAAAAAGCAGAUUUUGUGGUGAAAAUCAUGAAAGUCGUACGGCGAGACCUAGUUCCCAACGGCCCUGGCAGCGUCAAGAUGAUACCAGUGGAUUCAGAUGAUCUCUGGUUUGUUUACAAUUUGAUAGCUGCUGGAGAUAGCGUUAUGGCUCGAACCGUCAGGAAAGUUCUAAGGGAGACAGCCGGUGGAAGAGAUGCAGAGCGUGUUACCCUGAAGUUGGAAAUAAAAGUCGAGGCUAUAGAUUAUGACAAAGAAGGGUCUGUCUUGCGUAUAAGGGGAAAGAACAUCUUGGAGAAUGAACAUGUUAAGUUUGUGGCUUUUAAAGGCAUUAUUGUCUUGUUGCAGAUAGGAGCAUUCCAUACUCUAGAACUUGAGCUUCAUCGACCUUUUGUAUUGAGAAAGGAAAUAUGGGACUCAUUGGCAUUAGAUGUACUCCAACAGGCCUCUGAUCCUGGUGCAAGUGCCGAUCUAGCUGUGGUAUUAAUGCAAGAAGGGCUAGCAAAUAUUUUGCUUGUUGGUAAAAGUGUGACAAGUACUCGUUCACGUAUUGAAACUUCAAUUCCUCGCAAGCAUGGACCUGCCAUUGCCGGUUAUGAGUCAGCUUUGAAGAAGUUCUUUGAGAAUGUUCUACAGGCUUUCCUCAAACAUAUUGAUUUCAAUGUUGUUCGCUGUGCUGUUAUUGCAAGUCCUGGUUUCACUAAGGACCAAUUUCAUCGUCAUCUUUUGUUGGAGGCAGAAAGAAGACAACUAAGACCAAUUAUUGAGAAUAAGUCGCGAAUAAUUCUUGUUCACACAAGCUCUGGAUAUAAGCAUAGUUUGAGAGAAGUUUUGGAUGCCCCAAAUGUCAUGAACAUGAUAAAGGACACCAAAGCAGCCCAAGAGGUCCGAGCUCUCAAGGAUUUCUUCAGCAUGCUUUCAAAUGAUCCGGCUCGUGCAUGCUAUGGACCCAAACAUGUGGAGAUUGCCCAUGAACGAAUGGCUGUUCAAACACUUCUUGUUACAGACGAUCUCUUCAGGAAUUCUGAUGUAGUUACAAGGCAAAAGUAUGUCAAUUUGGUCAACUCAGUAAAGGAUUCAGGGGGCACUGCUCACAUUUUUUCGUCUAUGCACGUGUCAGGAGAACAAUUGGCACAGCUGACUGGUAUUGCAGCAAUCCUUCGUUUCCCUCUUCCAGAUCUGGAAGACAUCGAAAUGUUUCGAACGCGGAAAAGCCAAUGAAGUACCAUGCAAUCCACCACCUUUCUCAACACGAUCUUCCAACCUCAACCUCUCCAAGAUCACCUUGCUUCACUUUUCCUGGCUUUAUUUGAGAUUCCCUUACCAUGGUCUGCAAUCUCAUCAGUCAUCAGUGGCUGUCAGUGUCACUAUAGCGUUAGCAAUGUUAUCUUCAUCCGUAUAAACAAUUUUGUCAUUGAACUCCAAAAAAAGCUCCGGAACUGAAGUUGGAGAUUUUGCAGCCUCAUUAUGAAAGGCACCCUGGUAAAUAUGCUCUGCCACAUUGGAAGGUUAAUGUCAGCAAGAGAUUCAAGAACACUUGACUUGCCAGAAUGGAUCCCCAACGACAAUAAUGGUGGCAGGCUGAAUCCGUUCUUUCAUAACCAUGAGAUUCGUGAGCCUGUCCACAACAUCUAGGUGGCGACAAAUCCGAUCAUUGUAAGAUGAUACAACAGGUGCACUUGUUUCCACUUGUUGUGAAAGAAGUAGCAGUGCAAGUCAGACUACGUGGCUAAUUAAGAGCCAGCUUUCAAUUAAGUUUUUAAUCG